AUGUCGACAGCGCACCGUCCCACCUGGGAGGCGCAAAAAGCCAAGGCCGACUCGGCCCACCUCUCAGCGCAGACCGUCAAGGCCUACGUCCCGGCACACACCCGCCUCAAGUUCCGGCAACCCGCCCAGUCCGCAGAUAUCCGCAGCAUCCAGACCAACCCGGAGCGGCGGAGGGACCUCAAGCGCGAGCUCGAGGCGGCCGAGAGGGAGGCCAAAAACAAGAAGAGGAUAGCCCAGGGCCUGCCGCCGCUCGAGGACGACUCCACGGCAGGGGGGCACGCAGCUGGGCAGGAGGAGGAGGAGGAGGAGAGUGUCAAGAGGCGGAAGCUGAUUGAGCAGGCGCGAGAGCUGGAUCGAGACGAUGACGACGAUGAUGGCGAUGACGACGAGGAGGGCGGAGGCAAGGGCGACGCCAGGGCAGCAGGACACGGCGCAGCCAACGGCAAGGUCAAGGUCAACGGCACCGACGACGCCGACGGGCAAGGAGGGCCAGCUGCCGCUGCAUCCGACGCCGGCUCUUCAUCCGACUCGGACGACUCGGACGACUCAGACGACGGCGACGAUGAAGAGGACGAUACGGCGGCGCUGCUGCGCGAGCUGGAAAAGAUCAAGCGGGAGCGCGCCGAGGAAAAGGCGAGGCAGGAGCAGGAACGCCAAAAUGCCGAGCGGUCGCAGCGCGAAGACGAGAUCGCACUGGGCAACCCGCUCCUCAACCUCGAAAACGCCAUGAAGGCCGGUUCCGCCUCUCCCUCGGUCGCCAACGGCGGUGGCGGUGGCGGUGCGGGUGGCAAGCGUGGGUUCGGUGUCAAGAGGAGGUGGGACGACGAUGUCAUCUUCAAGAACCAGGCUAGCGGCGCGGCUAACCGCGACGGCGGAUCUGGCGGCUUCGUCAACGACCUGACCCGUUCCGAGUUCCACAAGAAGUUCAUGAACCGCUACAUCAAGUGA